UAUGGUAAGGUCACGCACCGACUGACGACAGCCGCCACCCACAGACCGGAGUCCCUCAGGGCGCGGAGUCUAAGCCCCAGGCUGCCUUUCACCAGGGCCCCUGAUGGUGGGGAUGGACUUGACGCAGGCUGAGGCCAGGUUGCGACCCCCGAGUAACCCCAGUUGCGGUAACGGCUGCCGCCAAUGGACAGGCCGGUGGGAUGGAUGGAUGACUGCCAGGAGUGAGCGUGGUCAGACUAGCCGGGUCGGUAACAGUGGGGGCAGAUGCGGUACCAAGCAGCAGACAAAGAGUAGUCAGGUCACACGCCGGGUUCGUUAACAGAGGGUCCAAAUAAUAGUAACGACAGGCAGAGGAAUGGUCAGGGACGAGCCGGGGGUCAGAGCAGGAUCAGAGUCAGGUCAGCAUGGAUCAGAACA